AUGAUAUUCAAAUGUUGUAGCCAGCGAUCAAAAAGCAGUCAAAAACUUAUGAGCAGAGAGAGUUUAGACAACACAGGCCCGAAGCUGAAAACAAUUGCACGAAAAAACUCAGAAAACCAAAGUGAAACCCAGAACAAAAGCGGAGUUAAAAUAUCAUUUGUAAACGAUAGUAAAUCCUCGGGAAUAAACCAAAAUGAAAAAAGACCCAGAACACCUGCAAUAAUAGGCCAGAACCCCGAUCAAUUUCUGAAAGAUUACGUAUUUCCAAGAUCUGCAACAUUAAAAUAA